GCAAAGGACGGAGGCAGCGCGGAGAAGCCGCCGUGGAGCUGAGUCUCCUCCCCCUUAAGCCGCCGAAAGCGUGUGUGACCCCCCGCUGCUGCAUAUUCAGUUCAAAAAUAACAAUCACCUCCCUCUCCCUCUUUAAUUAAGACCUCACCAGCGCAGUGUUUCUUCAAGAAGGCUAUGAGAUCUGCAUUCAGCUGAGCCUGCUGCAUUCGGCUUAAGGAUGCAGACCUAAGGAGCAGUCCGCAUACCGGAAGUUCCUGAAGCGCAGACAAGCCACUCUAUGGCCAUAACAGUGAAAUAAAAUCCUCAAACACUAACAUGGGAAAGAAGCGAACAAAGGGGAAAAAUGUGCAGCCCGAUGAAUCACCGGAUGUUCUGGAUCCUGUGUGCAAACACAUUCGCAAAGGAUUGGAACAGAGUCACCUAAGAAAGGUGCAGCAAAACGUGGAUUGGAACACCUGCCAGGAUUGCCGGACAUCAGCUAGUGAGAUGCGUGAGAAAUCUGAAGAGGAAGCAGAAGACAGGCCUUCAAUAUGGUUAUGUCUAAAAUGUGGCCACAGGGGCUGUGGAAGAAAUUCUCAAGAACAGCAUGCUUUAAAGCAUUAUGAAACUCCAAGAUCAGAACCUCACUGUUUAGUUCUCAGUUUGGAUAACUGGAGUGUAUGGUGCUACCUGUGUGAUAAUGAGGUCCUGUACAAUAGUUCCAAUCAGUUGGGCCAACUUGUGGAUUAUGUUAAAAAGCAAGUUCAUGUGAAUAUCCAGAAUACAGCACCUAAAGAUGAAGAGGAGAAACCACUGGAAAAUAAAAAAAUUAAAGACCACAGAAAUGAAGAAGAGAGGGAGAAAAAAGAGAUACAGAACAAAGAUGACAAACUUCAUUUAAAUGGCAGUACAGAAGUGACUGUAAAGGGUCUCAGUAACCUGGGGAAUACAUGUUUCUUUAAUGCUGUUCUGCAGAACUUAUCACAGACACCAGUUCUGAGAGAACUGCUGAAAGAGGUUAAAAUGCCUGACUCAACAGUUACAAUUGAGACACCAGAAUUCUCAGUAACGGAACCUCUCGUGGUUACACUUGAUCAGCCUAGACCCCUUACAUUAGCAAUGUGCCAGUUUCUGACAGAAAUGCAAGAGACAAAAAAAGCAACUGUUACUCCUAAAGAACUCUUCUCUCAGGUCUGUAAAAAAGCAAUACGGUUCAAAGGCUAUCAGCAGCAGGACAGCCAGGAGCUGCUUCGUUAUUUACUUGAUGGGAUGCGAACAGAGGAAAUCCAAAGGAAGUGUGCUGGAAUUUUUAAGACACUGAAUAAUCCCACUGACAAAGAAAAUGAAGAGCUAAAAAAGAGAAUCAAAGAAUAUGAAAAGAGAAAGAUGACUCAUAGCUUUGUGGACCGUAUUUUUGGUGGAGAAUUAACAAGUACAAUCAUGUGUGACGAGUGCCAAACAGUUUCUUUAGUGCACGAGUCAUUCCUUGAUUUGUCACUCCCUGUCUUAAAUGAACAGGAUGGUAAGAAAAAAACAAAUGAUAAAAAUAUUAAAAAGAUACAGGAAAAGGAGAUGGAAGAUGAUGAUAACAUGGAAAAUGACAGUUAUUUGAAGGAGAGAGAUGAGGCUCCUGGUACAAGUAAGCACCUCCAGAAAAAGGCAAAGAAAGUGGCCAAAAGGCAAGCAAAGAAUCAGCGUCGCCAGCAAAAAUUUCAAGAAAAGGUGAUCCAUCUAACAGAUACCUCUACCACAGAAAAAACAGAUCUCAAUUGCAGUAAUGAAACAGUAGAAAGUAUUUCUGAGGUUACUGGCCUAAAACAAGAGGAGUUAAACCAAUGUGAAGAGCAUUGUAUGGAUCAAAAAGAUAAUCUAGAUGGGCAAGUAAUGACAACUGAGGUACAAAAUCCAGAAAAACACUAUGAAAAUACAGAAAGUUCUGACCAAGAGGCAAACAAUGAAGCCACUAUGAAUGGCUUCAAUCAAGAAGACGCAAACAGUGAAACCACCCCAGAAGGCUUGGUUCCUACUAUAGAAUGUAUCAAUAAGUUUGAUCAUCUGUCUCUCAAAGAAGUUAGUGUUGAGGAAGAUGAAGAUAUGACUAGUGACUUCAAAUUACCCUUUGAUGCAGAACCAGAUGAUGAUGAAGUGGACAACUUGAAUGAACUUUAUAACUCUGAAGCAAAAAUCUAUGAAGUAGUGAAUGAAGACCCAGAAACAGCUUUUUGUACACUUGCAAAUAGGGAAGCCCUUAAUGCAGAAGAAGGUUCAAUAAUUCAUUGCUUAUAUCAAUUCACUCGUAACGAGAAACUUUGUGAGAACAAUAAACUGCUGUGUGAUGUGUGCACACGAAGGCAACUUUGUGGACCAAAGACUGCUGAAAAAAAUGCCAAGAAACGUGUAUACACAAAUGCCAAAAAACAAAUGCUUGUUUCUCUUGCUCCUCCAAUUUUAACUCUGCAUUUAAAAAGAUUUCAACAGGCUGGAUAUAACCUCCAAAAAGUGAACAAGCACAUAAAAUUUCCCGAAAUAAUGGACUUGGCUCCUUUCUGUUCAGUUAAGUGCAAGAAUGUUGCAGAGGGAAGUUCAAAAGUAUUGUACUCUUUAUAUGGUGUUGUUGAACAUAGUGGCACUAUGAGAUCUGGCCACUACACUGCCUAUGUGAAGACAAGAGCUACUAACAACCAACUUUCUGAUCUUGUUCUGCAUGGAAAGAUUCAACAAACUUCAGAAACAGAAUCAUCCAAAGGACAGUGGUUUCACAUUAGUGAUACCCAUGUGCAAGCUGUGCCUGUAUCCAGAGUGCUGAAUUCACAAGCAUAUCUCUUGUUCUAUGAACGACUACUCUAAAUGACCUAAGUAGUCUUACUUUAUAACCGAUCCACUAAACAACUGAGAACAGUUUGAAUUUUUGUAAAAAAAGAAAAAGCCAACCACAACUAUAAUCGUGUCUAUUUGAACAUCUUAUCUGCAGCUGAUAGGCUUAAUUACCUGCAUUGGAACAUAAUAAACUUAUUCUUCAUGCUUUUAAAUAAAAAUACAACCUUAAAACUAUAAUUCAGUAUUUUAUUUUGAGAUGCAGAAUUAAAUGUGACAAUUAGGAGUUUGCCAUAUUUUAUGCAGCUAGGCAUCAUGUAUGGGGCAUGUGUCUCAGUCUGUAAACUCAAUAUUUUCCUGUCAUUCUAAAAAACAUUGUAAUUCACACGUAACCAGCGGUGGCUAGUCAGGAGGACCAGUGCCCCUCCCCCCAACAAAAAUGAAGAUGCUAAUAAAGGAGCAGAUUUACCAGCAGACAGGGAAACCUUCAGAGGGAGCUUCUUCCAGCCUCUCCUUCCCUGCCUAUAGCUUUUUAUUUUGGUGUUACUGGCUGGAACAGCUGCUACUCAAACUGCUCCAGCUGAUCUGAUUCCUAGUGGGCUCCUCCUGGCACUGCCCCUAGGAAGAACUAAAAUAACCAGUUAAAAUUGUUCUUCUUGAGGGAAGUGCCAGGAGGAGCCCCCUGGAAAUCAGAUUGGCUAGAGCAGCUUGAGUAUCAGCUGUUUCAGCCAGUAAGAACAAAAGAGGAAGUUGCAGACAGGGAAUGAGGGGUGGUAUUAUUAUUUAAUAUAUUAUAGGUAAGAAGCUUCCUGCUCUGGAGGGGUGCUUGACUGCUGGUGGGUGGGGGAAGGGGAUGCAAUCCCUGCUUUCUCCCCUCUGAACCUCUUUCUGCUUUUUGAUUGUUUUUUGCCCUGGCUUAUUUGCUUUCUCCCACCCCCCGAAAAAAACCUUUUGUUUUCUCAUUUUUAUUCUGCUUUUCUGCCCCCCUUCUGUUUUUCUCAAUGCUGGCAGGCUUGGGUAAAUACCUAAGCCCGUUGGCAUGGAGGAAAGUGGGGUGGUAGGCUUCUGCCUCUGUGACCAGGUUCUCUCCUGCCCUCCCCCCCAAUGCCCAUCAGCCACUACUGCAUGUAACACAGAAUUUACUUUCUUAAAGGCUUAAAAAGCAAUGGAGUGAGCAGACUCCUGGUUUAGAAUUUUCAGGAUUAGCAAUAUUGCUUUUGAGCACCAUAGAUGAUAAAGCACCUUCUACAUCAGCUGCAGUGUCACAGCAGGGAAGCACCUUGCCUAAGGAGCAAGAGGCUGUUAGUUCAAAUCCCCACUGGUGUGCUUCCCAGACUGUGCCUAGUAAAUACAUUUGUAGUCUCCUAUAUCGGGCAGCAGCGAUAUAGGAAGGUACUGGAGGCGGAUGAUCACAUACGGGGGUGGGAGAAGGCAAUGCUAAACCACUCCUGUAUUCUACCAAGAAAACCACAUGGCUCUGUGGUUGUCAGGACCUUCAUUUACAUCUGUUUCAAUCUUUCUUUUUUAAAAAUAAAAGUUUAAACAAGUGGAUUUAA